ACGGCAGAGAGGAAGGCUCAAGAUGUGUUCUAAGUCUAUUCUUUUUGACCCCAUAGACACUUCUUUUCCAAUUUUAAAGGAAAAGAAGAAGUAUUUAUUUUCAUUCAACUUUGUAGCCCUGGGGUUUGUGCUCCCUCAGCUAGAACAGCUUAACAGGGCAUCAACCYUGACCCCAGCUGACCAGUUGACCAUGGUGAAUACAAUUGUCCAGUCAAGGCAGUCUAAAGUUACAUUUAACACUAGCUGGCUGGAAGACUUUUACGAGAAAAUUGUAAUAGAGACUUCAGCUAAGAGGAUCACUCCCCUGGUCUGUAAUCCUGGCCGUGUGAUGCUAACAUGUUCUCGGCUGUAUUUCCAGCCAUUCAACAAUGCGGAUCC